UAUUUGAUCCCACUUUUUUCUCUCCUCCCUUCCUCAAACGCAAUUAUCGCCCCCCACUUUCUCCCACCCUCUCAAGAAAUUCCCCCCCAAAACUCAGAUCCAAAAUUUUCAAAAAAAAGAAAGAAAAAGAAAAACUACUUUUCUUCCCCUUCCUUUUCUCUCUACACUGUUCAAAAAUUCGAAAAUGGCGACGACGAAGACUCCUUCGACUCGCGAGGAACACGUCUACAUGGCAAAGCUGGCCGAGCAAGCCGAACGCUACGACGAGAUGGUCGAGUUUAUGGAGAAAGUAUCGGCUUGCGCCGAAAACGAGGAACUCAGCGUCGGGGAACGGAACCUCCUCUCCGUCGCUUACAAGAACGUCAUCGGUGCCCGCCGUGCUUCGUGGCGGAUCAUCUCUUCCAUCGAGCAGAAAGAGGAGAGCCGCGGUAAUGAGGAACACGUCGCGAAAAUCCGUGAUUAUCGCGCAAAGAUUGAGUCCGAGCUCUCCUCGAUCAGUGACGGGAUCUUGAAGCUCCUUGACAAAAGGCUUAUCCCUGCGGCUUCCGCUGCAGAGUCCAAGGUCUUCUAUCUUAAGAUGAAGGGAGAUUAUCAUAGGUAUUUGGCUGAGUUCAAGGCUGGAGCCGAACGCAAGGAAGCUGCUGAGAGUACUCUUUCUGCCUACAAAUCUGCUCAAGACAUUGCCACCGCCGAGUUACCGCCAACUCACCCUAUUCGACUCGGAUUGGCACUCAAUUUUUCUGUUUUCUACUACGAGAUUCUCAAUUCUCCCGAUCGUGCUUGCAACCUCGCCAAACAGGCAUUUGAUGAAGCAAUAGCAGAAUUGGAUACUCUAGGCGAGGAAUCAUACAAAGACAGCACCCUUAUCAUGCAACUCCUCCGUGACAAUCUCACUCUCUGGACCUCCGACUUGCAGGAUGAUGGAGCUGAUGAGAUUAAAGAAGCAGCGAAGCAGGAGGAAGAGGAGAAGCAGCCAAAGCAGUAGCGACAAGAAGUGAGACUCUGCUGCGCUUUCUUUUCUAUUACAAUUUACCAAUUUAGGGUUUUUAAAUCAAAAUUAAACUUUUGUUAUCUCUUUGCUAUCAAAUAUUUUAGGCAAUUAUUGUCUCUGUUUUUAUGUGUUAUUUAUUUUUUGCUUAAUUUCUGUAAUUGAAAAUUAAUUGUUUUGUGUUAA